CCAAAUGCUUCGCGUUGUAAACCGCAACGUUUCAAAUCCGGAUAUCCUGGUAUGUCACGACUGCUGAAUGCAGGAAGUUUAGCUACUCAAUUCAGCACACACAGUUAUACAACACAGAAGUGUGGACUGACAGUACUACUGGUGCUAGGCCAGUGUGGAAGGAGCUUGCCCUGUGAAAGAUGAUCCCGUGGAAGGCUUUGUCUGGUCUGCUGCUACUCGUCGGCUCCCUGCAGCAGCAGACCUGGGCGAUGGAAUCGAAGGGCCACGUUUCGGUGGUGAUAGUCGGGGCUACGGGAGACCUGGCCAGGAAGUAUCUGUGGCAGGGCUUCUUCCAGCUCUACGGGGAGCUGGUGAGCAGCGGGCACAGCUUCAGCUUCUACGGUGCAGCCCUUUCCGAACCCGAGAAGGGCAACCCGGCCAUGUCUGAGAUCCUCAAGGGGCUGGCUUGCCCAGCCGAUGUGGCCCCCGAAAGGUGUGCCUUGCUGAAAGACCAGUUCUUGAAACUGUCUCAGUAUCGGCAGCUGCAGACGGCAGAGCACUACGCCGCUCUCAGUGCCGAGAUCCGGGAGCAGCUGAAGCAGGAAGGGCUGGUGGAAGCAGGCAGGCUGUUCUAUCUGUCCGUGCCGCCCUUCAGCUACGCGGACAUCGCCGAGAAGAUCAACAGCAGCUGCCGGCCGGACCCCGGGGUCUGGCUGAGGGUUGUACUGGAGAAACCCUUCGGGCACGACUAUGAAAGCGCCCUGCAGCUCUCCAAGGAUCUCAAGAAGUUCCUGAAAGAGGAGGAGAUGUACAGGAUAGACCACUAUCUGGGAAAGCAGGCUGUUACUCAGAUUCUUCCAUUUAGGCAUGAAAACAGAAAAUUCUUGGAUCCUAUAUGGAAUAAGCAUCAUAUUGAGAGAGUGGAAAUAGUCAUGAAGGAAACUGUGGAUGCAAAAGGUCGCACUCACUUUUAUAACCAGUACGGUGUCAUUCGGGAUGUGAUUCAGAAUCACCUGACGGAGAUCCUGACACACGUUGCCAUGGAGAUCCCAGUUAACAGGAGCAGCUCUGAAGAGAUUCUUAAAAGCAAACUGAAGCUCUUUGGGUCUUUACAGCGGCUUGCUAAAGGAAGCGCAGUGAUUGGACAGUACCAGGCUUAUAACUCAGAGGUCACUGAGGAACUAAACAAGACCGCAGACUACAUCAGCAUCACUCCAACUUUCGCGGGUGUUGCUGUGUACAUUGAAAAUUCCCAGUGGGAUGGCAUCCCGUUCAUACUGACCUCAGGCAAGGCUCUGGAUGAGAGAGUUUCGUACGUUCGUGUCCUCUUCAGGAACCAGGUCUUCUGCACCCAAAACAUUGUGAGCGUCCACUGUAAGCCCAAGCAAAUCAUCUUCCACAUCGGCCAGGGAAAUUUAAAAUACCCAGCUUUUCUGGUCAGCAAAAAUCUUUUCAAACCUCAGUUGCCAUUGAGUGGGUGGAAGGAGGUCACUGAAUACACGAAUGUGAGCUUGUUUGGUCAGCCGUUAUCAGAGUACUAUGUCUAUACACCUGUGGCACAGAUGGAUCCCUAUGCGGUGUUGAUAUCCCACAUCUUCCAGGCCAAGCGGGACAGUUUCGUGAGCGCCGAGAACCUGUUGGCAUCAUGGAAUUUUUGGACGCCGUUGCUUGACGGCAUAUCGCACGAGUACCCUCGUGCUUAUCCAGGUGGAGUGGAUAACGCAAACCUGCUGGACUUUGAACUUCAAGGUAACGAGGUUUCAUUUGUUCACGAAGCCGUGGUGCUGUUGUCUCCCAUCCAAGGCGGAGCAUCUUCUGAGAGCUUUCAGAUCACCCAGGGGAAGUACAGAACGAACGAGAUGGUGACAGCCUGGGCUGAAGAGCUCGUAUCAAGGCUGGCUUCGGAUCUUCAUAUGGCCGCGGAAGAAGCAGUGAAACGGAGCGGCCAGUUUCACUUGGCUCUUUCUGGAGGGUCCAGCCCCAUCGCUUUGUUUCAGAGGCUGGUGCUGCACCAUUACACAUUCCCUUGGAAGGAGACUCAUUUGUGGAUGGUGGAUGAACGCUGUGUCUCGCUAACCGAGCGAGGCUCCAACUUUAGGAACCUGCACGACAACCUUCUGCAGCACAUCAAGGUCCCUUACUUUAACAUCCACCCCAUGCCGGUCCUUGUGAAUCAAAGGCUUUGCGUGGAGGAGGACGGCGGAGCAGAAUCUUACGAGAAGGAAAUGUCCAGGUUAAUAAACGGCACAAGCUUCGAUUGGGUUCUGUUGGGGGUCGGAGAUGAUGGUCACACGGCCUCGCUGUUCCGGGGCUGCAAGUUGGACGUGCUUGAAAACAAGCUGGUAGCCUUGACGGAAAGCCCGUUCAAGCCCCAUCAGAGGAUGAGCCUGACUUUCUCUGCCAUCAACAAAGCCAAAAACAUACGAGUCUUAGUGCUGGGGAAGGGAAAGCAUGAAAUGAUAACGCAGCUAAGCAGGGUGAAAGAUGAUCCAAAGAAGUGGCCAAUAACUGGAGUGAAACCAUCCAACGGGAAGCUGGUGUGGUACAUUGAUUAUGAGGCUCUUCUGGGAUAAUUAAUGAAAGUAAUGGAUAUCAAUGCGUGGUAUCAAAGGUGGUUGCCUUAAAUCUGUGGAUCUCUUAACCUGGUUAUGCUUUCAUUUACAGGUCCCAUAUUGCACUGUAAUCAUUGAGUCAUUUUAUGAAUAAGUCACGAGAGCCAAUUAAGCAGAAGGUAAUCAUUUCAACUCAUUGAACUCAUGUCAAGAUGUAAUUUCAUGGUACUGUAUUACCCCUGCAUUACAUUGUUACUAAUGAGAUACCAAGUGUUGCUAAAAUAAAUACCUACUGUAGGGGUGUAAUUAAUUAGUUAUCACGUCAUUGUUUGCUAUGUGAUCUGUACCCUGUAACUGAAAGCAUUUUUUUAUUAAAAGGUUGCUCUCUAGAAACUAUUUUUAUGAAGCUCUGGAUUGUGUCUCUUGCAGUGAUGCUAUUUCAAAUAAAAAUGUCUCCUGUUGUGUAAAACAACAGCUGAUGUAAAAAAAUGGAGCUUUUGCAUCUUUUGACUCUUUACUGUGCACUGAAACCUGCAUCGUAUAAACUGAAUAGAUACACUUUCCAAUGUCAACUUGAUUUGAAAUAUCUAUGCAAUUUACUGUCACUGUCGGAUCUAUGGUCUUUUUUUUAUAUAUAUACCUAAAUCACAUGUAACUAGUUAUGGUCCAAACACAAUCAAAAUUACUUUCUGGAUAAAUAAGAAAAAAAGUGAAGAUUAGUCUGAAAGUUUUAACUUGAUAUUUAAAAAAUGUGAAUGUUUAGAAUAUAUUAGAAAAUGAAUGUGGAAAAAUGCAUUGAUGCUGGGGCAGAUUAUCUGAAGGGGGUAAUGUUUGAUAAGGAAUUUAAUGAGGUGGGGGGCAGGGGCUGGGGCUGUAUUCUGUGGUUUAUAACAGUAUGCAUUUGAAAUCUUCUGUGACUGGAUAAAUGCUGUUCAUACGAUGCAGCAGCACCACCAGCUCGGAACAGCUUCUCUGACCUGAUAAAAUGCUCCAUUUGUCUAAAUGAAGGCUCAAGACCCAGCUGCAGUACUGUGCACACUGCACAGGGCUACAAGCUAUUGGGAACAGUUUUUCUGAUUUGCAAGCCAGUACACAGAAGUACGCAGUAAUAAAAAAAAAGUGGUGGACUUCAUAAGGGUAUUUGAUUUCUGUAUGCGCUUAAUUUUAACCUCUGUCAAACGCAUUAUGGAAAAUGGCACUACCUCUCUUUUUGAUCACUUACAGGACCUGAUUAAACUGAUCUGGUUUUGACAUGCUAGGUUGGUAACGUUAUAGAUUUUUGUUGAAAUGCACAUUUUCUUUGCAAAUGCUAGUGCACUGAAAUGCGUCUCCUCCACUUUUUGUGCUACUGCCACAAUUGAUAUUCAGGGGUAACACAUUGUCAGUUUAGGAUUCUGUAACUUGUAGCAGCAAUUUGGGAGGGGGGGGGGGGGGGGGGCGGGGGGCUUGUUACCUAUAUACUGUGGCUAAUCAAGCUCAUAGUAAAACCUGAAAUGGGUGUACUUUACAUUAGCAACACCCACAUCUUACAUGUCCCUAGUGUCCAGGGAUUGUGCACUAGAAUGCUUGCUUUGAUGGUCUUUACCCAUAAUUUUCAUUGAGCAACGAAAAUGUUGACAGUUUUUUUUAAAUGUAUAGAUUUCUUCCAUUACCAUUCUUUAAUUCCUAUUAUAUGUCUUAUAUUGUAAUAUAUAAUAUAAAACAUGUGUUUGACAAUUGAAUGUAUUUGUAAAGACAUUGAACUAUUCAAUACACUGGAAUUACCAAAAAAAAAUGGCUCUUGUUCAAAAAUAUUUUCUUAAUAAAUCUGCAUUUUAAGGAG